GGGGAAGCCCAUCACUUAAUUUCCUUAGACGGAUCCAUCGUUAAUAGUUUCUCUAUAAAACCUUAAUUAUUUAAAAAAAAAUAAAAAAAAUUAAACACUUUACUAAUCCUAAAAGCCUGUACAUCCUUUGGCCAGUUCUCAUUUUAGUUUGCAGCUUCAAAUGAAUGGAACCAGUUACAACAAAAUCAACGGGUGCAUUCACACUGGCAUUGUUUGGUCUACUUUAAAUGGACCCUGGAUAGUCCAGUCUGUUGAGAGCAGUGUAAAUUCCCAGUUAGACUCUAGAAGAAGUGUGUUCAGCUUGAAUACUGGGGGUCUUUGUCUGCUUGCAAGUCAACUCUGGUCUGGUGUGCUGACAGUGGGAAUGGACCAUUCAGCGGACCGCAGAGGGGAUGUAACGAAGGAUGUGACAUACCACAAAUUGUCAGAUAACACGCUGCCUCUCCUGCUGGACAGAUUUUAGUAUAAACCGCAUUAGGUUUGAAAACCAAAGUAAAAACAGAAACUCCAAGACUGCAUAAAUUUAGUGUUGCUCCAUUGUUUACCUGCAGAGUGGGCCAUUUUCAGUCCUUUCGGGGAAUAUUGCCCCUAGGGAGCAGCUGUUCUAACUUAAUGACAUGGUCAAGGUGGUUUGGUCUGCUUGAGUAAAGUGCAGUGUGACAGCAAACCAAACCAAAGGAAGGUGCAAAAGUUGGAUUAUCCUGAUGUGAAUGCACCUUAAAACGCAACUCAUUCAAUCAAUUUUCCUAACUUGUUGCCUAAAAUUGCCUGUGAUCACUGCGCCUGCUAUUGAUUGCUCCCUAGAAUUUUCAAAUUGAUGUUUCUGUCAUAAUGCAGCAAAAUAACAGCUCCAGAGAGCAGACACAGACUACAAUUGCAACAUCCAAUAAGAAUUUAUUGUAAUGACAAGCAGACAGGUACAGUGGAGCAGAUGGUGGAGAAACUCACUGGUUCACUCAGUUCUGCCAGGAAGAAGUUAAAGCUAGGUUAAUUCCAGAAUGAAACCACAACAGUCUGAAAGUUGCAAUAAGGAACCAGUGCUACUUGUUUCUUAAGGAUCUGGAAGUAUGUUUGGCCUACAGGCAGGUAGAGGCAGGUGGAGGCAGGUAGAGAGUAGGUAGGCAGAUGAGCAAACACAUCCAGCUGCAGGCUACAAGGUGGCACAGAGCAGAAACUGUCAUUUUUAAAUGAUGGAAACAUAUAGUUAAUUUUGCAAAAGUAAAAGAAAAAAAGAGGGAGAAGAAAACAUGCUUCCAAUGUUCCACACACAGGCUUAUAAACAGAAAUAUGAAAUGCUGCAAGUAUGUUUCAUCAGUCAGUUAUUCAGCUCAGCAUCACCUCCAUAAGAAAUCCAGGCAAUUCCUUCCUUCCACUAGGUGGUUUUUCAGGGUGGGUUUGGUGAUGAGGGAAAGUUUUUCAUUUUUUUAUUGUUGCCGCCGAUCUAGGUCAUCAUUGUAAAUUGAAAACGAGUUCUUAAUUAACUUACCUGUGUAAAUCAACAUUAAAUUAAAAUAAAUAAGUCCUCCUGAAAACGAGUAUCAUUAGAGGUAUUUUCUGAUUGGUCAGAUUGGUAGAUCCUUUUUGAUGGGUCAGGAAAAAAAGUGAUAAUGAUGUUUUAGGUAGAAUAGGAUCCAGAAUAUAGCCUUGAUUUUAAGCGCCAGUCUCUUCAAAAAUCUUACUGGGUCUUGUCAAUUGUCUUUGAACUGUACCAAACAAACUUGGCCAGGAAAAGCAAACUGCAUCCACUGAUCCAAGAUAGCUGAGUUUUAUGGAAAAUGUAACUAUACAAGUAAAAUGAUCAAGAAUUAAAAAUGACUUAAUUAAAUUAGUUCAUUUUGCAAAAAUUUACUAAAACCUGCAAGCUUUGGUUAAUGUGAACACAUAGUAUUUUAACACCACAGAUAAGCCAAAAAACAUAGAAAAACCUGACAUGGACCCUUUAAGUUUACUUCUGCAUGUACAUUGCAACACUUCUUUUGUCCUGUAUUGUUGUUUUGCUUCUUUCACUGCGUACUUAACUUCCUGCAUUUUCUCUCUCUCUCUCUCCCCCUACUCUCUUAGAGGCAACAUUAGGAAGACCUGCUGAUUCAAGAUCAAAUGCACCUCAUUAGAUCACUAAGGACCUUUAUUAUUCUGCUCAAGAGCAAGGAACCAUCUCUCAGCUGUGACCUGUAUUUUUUUUCCUAUGAGCACUGAAUCAAAAAACAGACUGUUCCAGCCAUCUGUUUCCUUCAGUUACCACAAUCUAUGCUCUUGAUUUUGAGCUUACAGUCAAAAACAGGACGGAGUAUGCCAUCAGCUACUUUUCACAAAAUCCUACGACCGCUUCUGCUUGGUACUUUCAUCCUGGGAUGCUUUGUGACUGUAUUUUUGAUGUAUUUUAAGCCAUCCACCAACUGGCUUUAUGGUCCAAUAGAUUCGACUGUUUCCACAGACCGGGUGAAGAAUCUCUUCUCCACCAAGAGUGAUAAAAACGUGACUACUGUCCUGGUCUGGCUUUGGCCCUUCGGACAAACCUAUGAUCUGAGUGUCUGUAGCUCUCUUUUCAACAUCGAGGGGUGUUUCAUCACAGCAGACAGAAACCUCUACAACAAGUCAGAUGGGGUCGUCAUCCAUCACCGAGACAUCUCCAGUGACCUAUCCAACCUGCCCCCGCUUCAGCGGCCAUCAUUUCAGAAAUGGAUAUGGAUGAACUUGGAGUCACCGUCUCAUUCAUCCCAGCUACCUGGGACUGAGAACUUGUUCAAUCUCACUCUCAAUUAUCGUCAGGAUGCUGACAUUGAAGUGCCUUAUGGGUCCAUUGUAGCAGCAGAGACAGAGGAGGACUUUGUACCACCUAGCAAAAACAAGCUGAUCUGUUGGAUUGUAAGCAACUGGAACCAGGAUCAUGUGAGAGUGAAAUAUUACAAUGAGCUGUACAAACAUAUUGAGGUUCAUGCAUAUGGACAAGCCUUUGGAGAAUACAUUUCUGACCAAGACUACUUCCCCACCAUGGCCAGCUGUAAGUUCUAUUUAGCUUUUGAGAACUCAAUCCACAAAGACUACAUUACUGAAAAACUGUACAACCCUCUCUCUGUGGGCACAGUGCCAGUAGUUUUGGGCCCACCCAGGCAGAACUAUGAGAACUUUAUUCAAGGAGAUGCCUUCAUUCAUGUGGAUGACUUCACUUCACCCAAGGAACUGGCAGAGUACAUACUCCUUCUGGACAAAAAUGAGGAAAUGUACCUCAGGUACUUUCAGUGGCGGCGGCACUUUAAAGUGAAGAAGGCAUAUUUUUGGGCAGAGCACACAUGCUUGGCUUGUGAUUACCUGAGAAGGCACAAAGAGUACAAAGCAUUUAAUAAUCUUGACAAGUGGUACUGGGGUGGAUAGUGGCUUGAAAGGCUAUAAAAUAGUUUUUAAUGAGAUGACCGUGCACAUUUAAGAAAUUGUGGCUCAAGAAACAGAUUGACUUGUAAGUGAAAUUCUAUAUGUAAUAUUUAAGUAAGGCAUUAUGAUAGAAAAAAAAACAUUUCAUCUGUGCUAGUGAUGCAGUCACCUAUGCAGUGUACUGAACUGAAAUGUGAAGGUAGUUCAACAGUGUUAUAUGCGCUUUUUUUUAUAGUGUAGCUGGCUUUUUUUCCCCAUAUUUGUCAAAUUUGCAUUUGCACUGAUAAUGCAACUGAUACUUGUUUUUACUCAUGAGCUGACUGACAGAUGGCUAUUGUAUUAAGUGUAGUGUGCAUAUGACGGACAUUACCUCAGUAGUCUACAAGCAGUAGUGACUAUUCUUUGAAAGGGAAGUUACAAUUGAUUUGUGUUAUAUUGCACUUCUUUGAAUCUUUGUGUAUAGUAAUACAGAAGCUAGUAGUAACAAUAGGUACCAAAACACCCAACAAUGAUGUAUUCUAAUUUUUAAAAGCUGAAAAAAGUUUAAUUGGCCAUGAAGAGCAUAACGUCAACACAAAGCUGAGGAAUGUGAGUCAGAUAUUUUUGGGGCUCUUUAAUAUCCUAUGAAAUAAGCUCAAAUAUUGACAUUAUUUUUUUCCCCAGCAGAGGUUAUUUUGAUAAGAAAGAUCUUUUAAAAAUAUGUAACAAUUAUUGAAAUGCAAGAGUUAAUUUUAAAACUAUUUUAUUUGGCAGUUAGACUAAUUCAUCAUGUUAGGGAAGCAGUGACAUAGGAUCACCCCAUAGACACCGGUGGACAUAGAUUCUGGUGGAUGAGGAGAUAGCAAUAGCACUUCUAAGAGGCAGGUUGCACAUUCUCAGCCUGAAUGGGAAAUGGCAGAACAGAAGAUAAUUUUAAAUAAAACAGAUCAGACUUGAAUAGUAACAGGUGAGAUGACCAUUGGGCCAGAGUUUUGAUUUAAUAAUGAAGUGAGUUUGACAGUGUGGGGGGGAGGGAAGAAAUGUCUCCAUGACUUAUCUAAGAGUCAUCAUAUGCAUGUAAAAGUUACUGUUCUGUUUUUGUUUUGCUUUUUGUUUUUUUCUACUUUAUUGUUUACAGCACUACAACACAUGAUCAACAUCACACUACAAGAGAUGGUUCAGUAUCUGUGGAUGUUACAUCACUUUCAUAAAUCCUAAGAUAACUUAUCAGUGAUUUUAACUGCAUUCAAAAUUACAAUAUGACAAGUUUGUUAGUUUUACAUGAAGUUCUGAGCAAAACAAUGUAAAAAUUUUAUGCAAGUUGUGCCAUCUUCUGGGUCAAAGUCAUAAACGUGCUAUUAUUUUGUCAUUUCUUUUUGUCAAAGAGACCAGCAUGUAAAACAAGAUCAAUUCUGAUUUUAUUUUUUACAAAACUUGAUCCUUAAAGUCAAUCAUUAAACAUGUUUUUGGACCUUGAACUUGAAUUGUAAAUCCUUCCUAUACAUUCAGCUGUAUGGAGAAGCUCCAAUACUGUUUGCUUUUAAGAAGGUAGUGUGCUGUAUAUAUGUUUUAUUGUCCAAAUUUACUUUACAAAGUGCAAAUAUUGUCAGGAGAUGAAUGGGAUUCCACGGUAUCCUUGUGAGUAGUCUUUGCUGCUCUAAGUCUAUGAAUUAAAGUAAAAGCCAACAGACACUUGAGGUGGACAAACAGCACCACAAGCAAUGCUCGUACUGUCAAGGCACGCAAUUUUCGAUUCAGCAAGUUUUUUGUAUCCGGUGGUAAUCCUUUUGGUACAACCUCAACAAAAAAAGUUGUGCCAAAAUGCAGACGAGAUAAGCACUUUUAUUUAUGCGGAGUUGUGUGACUCACUUUGCAAUUGGCUGACUUGGAUGGAGAUCAUGUGAGUACAAUAACUCAUACAAAUCUCGACUUGACUGAUCCCAUGGUUUCAUAUUGUACAGGAUGUACAUGAAUGGAAACAAAGCUUUCUUGUCCAAUGUGUUUGGAAACUUUGAGGAGCAAAAGGGUUUUUAUUCUGAGUGUUUUCUGUCUCUUAUCUUUUUUCCUUUCUCUCUUUUUUUGGUCACUAAAACAAACAUGAUGAGCUGUGGCUUCUUUGUCUCCCUGUCUGAGUCUGUGAGUGUGUCUCAGCACCAGGGAGUGCAUCAAGACAUCUCUGGAUGCUUUCUAUCCAGACAAUGACUUUUUUUGGCAUCCUUGAAAACUGUCUACUAAGUGAAAUUAAAUCCAUAUGGGUUUGCCCCAAGAGAUAUUAAUAUUCUGCCAAGUCACUGAGUAACCAGUCAGUCAAGUUUUUGCCAAAUCAUUGUAUUUUGCCAAAUGUUGUGUUUUAAGUGUAGAUGUCUGAUUGUGUUAAAUGAAAAUAAAUGAUAUGGACAACUGACCAAA